AUAUGACUGUCUGGAGCCACAAUGGCCCCCGGCGAUCCGCUGAGCUGGGCUUUCCCCAGAGGCCUAAGUCAGCCUGCCCCCGCUGGAACGUCCGGGGGAGUUUGAGCCCAGCUGGCCCGGGGCCUUGUCCGGCGCCCUAUAAAUGGGCACUGUGACCCUCCGGCUCCCGGCUGUGCUGUGGCUGACUGACCCGGGCCGGCGUUGCAGGAAUAGGAGCAGGAGCAGAAGUAGCAGACCAUGGCUUCAGACAAUCCCGCACAGGGGGCAAAGCCUCAGCCCCUCAGCCCCAAGAUCACCGUCUUCGAGCAGGAGAAUUUCCAGGGCCGCUCCCAUGAGCUCAGCGGACCCUGUUCCAACCUGAAGGAGACCGGGAUGGAGAAGGUGGCCUCUGUCCUGGUGCACUCUGGGCCCUGGGUCGGGUACGAGCAGACCAACUGCAAGGGGGAGCAGUUUGUGUUCGAGAAAGGCGAAUAUCCCCGCUGGGACUCGUGGACAAAUAGUCGGAGGAGCGACUGCAUCGGCUCGCUGCGGCCCGUCAAAGUGGACAGCCAGGAGCACAAGAUCGUCCUCUUCGAGAACCCCAACUUCACGGGGAAGAAGAUCGAGAUCAUCGACGAUGACGUACCCAGCUUUCACGCCCACGGCUACCAGGAGAAGGUGUCGUCCGUGCGGGUGCAGAGCGGCACGUGGGUGGGUUAUCAGUACCCCGGCUACCGUGGCUUCCAGUACCUGUUCGAGAAAGGCGAGUACAAGGACAGCGCCGAAUUUGGGGCCCAGCACCCCCAGAUCCAGUCGGUACGACGGAUCCGGGACAUGCAGUGGCACCAGAGGGGCGCCUUCCACCCCGCCAACUGACGUCCGUCCGUCCUUUCGUCUCGGGGGUACGGGCCCUGCCCCAAUGCUGAGCAAAACCUUCUACCCUGGCAAGGAAAUAAAGUGUGAACAGCAAAGCAGCCCGACAAAUUCUGUGUCCUGAGGGAGUGGGGUUGGCGGGGAAUGACUGGAAGAGAUACUCAUCUUUGGGAUUUAAUAAUAAUAUUAACAAUGAUGGUAUUGGUUAAGUGCUUACUAUAGGCCAGACAC